CUCUUCACUUCCCGUCCUCUUUUACCGGCUUACUUUGAUCUGACCGUUCACUGCCGCCGCCAUAUCUCAUCAUCGCCGUAGUUUCUGGGCACCAAUCACUGGCCAGGCAUUCCCACUCCUCGGUCGGCAUGCUCUGAGACCGAGUCUGCUGCUUAAAAAGGGCUCUCGUCACUCACAAACCAUACAUAUCUGACCCGAGAAAGACGGCUGUACAAUAAACCAGCUCAACAAGAUGUUUCUUAGCUCCAUUGUCUCGCCUUGGACACUCCUACUCCUCCCCGUCCUCUAUUUCGUCUUACCAUAUAUCCGAAAUUGGAGCCUUCUCAAAGUCCCCGGUCCUCUACCAGCAGCUCUGACGAAUUUAUGGUUGAUGUACCAAUGUCGACGUGGACGUAGAUACCAAGCAGUCAACGAUCUACACAAGAAGUACGGCAAAGUCGUACGGAUCCAGCCCAACCACGUCUCCAUUGCAGACGACUCGGCCAUUCCUAUCAUAUACGGCCAUGGCAAUGGUUUCUUGAAGAGCGAGUACUACGACGCUUUCGUCUCAAUUCAACGCGGGCUAUUCAACACGCGCGACCGAGUCGAACACACGCGCAAGCGUAAGGUGGUAUCUCACACCUUCUCCGCCAAAUCAAUCGGACAAUUCGAGCAGUACAUCCAUGCCAACCUCGAACUGUUCGUGCGCAAAUGGACCGACCUCUCUCAAAACCGCGCGAACCCGUCGACAGGCUACGCCUCGAUCGACGCCCUCCACUGGUUCAAUUACCUCGCCUUCGACAUCAUAGGGGAUCUGGCGUUCGGCACACCUUUCGGCAUGCUCGAGCGCGAGAAGGACUACGCCGAGAUCCGCAAGUCUCCUGACGCACCGCCCGCAACAGCCCCAGCCAUCGAAGUGCUUAACCGCAGAGGCGAAGUCUCAGGGACAUUGGGGUGUUUGCCACAAUUAAAGCCCUACGCGAAGUACCUUCCCGACCCGUUCUUCAGCAAGGGCGUCGAAGCUGUUGAGAACCUCGCGGGUAUCGCCAUUGCGCGGGUUAAACAGCGCCUCGACAACCCCAAUACCGACCGUGUGGAUUUGUUGGCCAGGUUGAUGGAAGGGAAAGACGCCAAGGGUGAGAAAUUAGGUCGCGAGGAGUUGACUGCUGAAGCACUUACCCAACUCAUUGCGGGGAGCGACACGACUAGUAACACCGCCUGCGCGAUACUGUACUACGUCGUUCGUACCCCUGGAGUCCUACAAAAUCUGCAGAAGGAACUCGAUGCCAACAUCCCACCUGGUGUACCUACCUACGAACAGGUCAAAAAUUUGGACUAUGUACAGUGGGUUAUUGACGAAACGAUGCGCAUUCACAGCACCAGUUCUUUGGGCUUGCCGCGCCUGGUACCCGCCGCGACCCCUGAAAAUCCGAACCCUCAACCCAUUGAGAUCUUGGGGUACUCUUUCCCGCCUGGCACGGCGCUUAGUGUACCUAGCUACACGAUCCAUCAUAGCACAGAGAUCUGGGGCGCUGAUGCGGAUGACUUUGUGCCUGAGAGGUGGAGCGAAAAGAGACUUACGGCAAGGCAGAAGGAGGCGUUCAUUCCGUUCUCGACGGGGCCUAGAGCUUGUGUGGGACGGAAUGUCGCGGAGAUGGAGUUGAAGUGUAUGGUUGGUACGGUGUUCAGGAACUUUGAGUUCAGGGAUGAGCAUGAUGGACCGAUGGAGACGCGGGAGGGGUUUUUGAGGAAGCCUUUGGGAUAUAACGUUGGAUUGAGAUUGAGGAAGGGACUUUGAAUUGCAUACAUGGGCUUGGAAUGAAAGUUUGGACAAAGAUGCAUUCUGCAUGGAUGGAGGCGGAUUCUUGAUGUGAUAUAUCUCCUUGGAGUGUACAUGACAUUGGACUGGACAAAAUUGACAAGGGGCUCAUUGGUGUCGACGACGAAGGUGUAUUGUGUACAGGUGCGAGAUUGUCGUGGCCUCUUCUCGGCUCUCCUCGGAUUAUUUUAUGGCUGCUGAAAGCCGUGUUUAUUGUGACUGCUG